GCGGGAGGGGCCAGUAGAGGGAGGGAAGGCUCCGAGGAGAAGAGUGUUUGUGAGUGUCGCCGAGCAGCAGAGAGACAGCUGAGGCGGAGACACCUUUCAGGGGAAGAACGCUAUUCAGAGGAAGAAAAAAAAAAAAAACAUUCGGAGGAGAUAAGACUAGUGACUUUGUCCAGGGACAGGUGCAAACUCCAUCCAUACACUGACUUGGCUAAAGGACUAUAAAUACCUGUGAAGGAACAGACAAGUUACCAGACUGAUUCUACAAGCUGUCCCUUCAGGACUCUUUAUUUCUCAGUUAACCAUUCCAUUCCUGAUUUGCCUGAUAUUGUCUAUCGACAGUCCGAGAGGCUGGAAUAGAAGGCUGUGAGACAAAAGAAUUUCCCAGCCGCCCUCCCAAGAAAGUUUUCCUGGUCUGAGGCACCUGCAGUCAACACCAACAUGACAGAGAACUCAUCUGCCGCACCGGCCGCAAAGCCCAAGAGGUCCAGGGCAGCCAAAAAGUCCAAUGACCACCCAAAGUACUCGGACAUGAUUGUGGCUGCGGUCCAGGCGGAGAAAAGUCGGUCCGGCUCCUCACGACAGUCUAUCCAAAAGUACAUUAAGAAUCACUACAAGGUGGGGGAAAAUGCCGACUCCCAGAUCAAGUUGUCCAUCAAGAGGCUGGUGACCUCUGGUACCCUCAAGCAGACCAAGGGUGUUGGGGCUUCUGGAUCCUUCAGGUUGGCCAAGUCUGACGAGCCUAAGAAACCAACUAAGAAGCCCAAGAAGGAGGUCAAGAAAUCGGCAACUCCCAAAAAAGCCGCAAAGCCGAAAAAGGCGGCCAAGUCUCCGGCCAAAGCCAAGAAGCCAAAAGUGGCAGAGAAGAAAGCAAAGAAGGUGACAAAGAAAAAACCAGCACCCUCACCUAAAAAAGUCAAAAAGACAAAGACUGUGAAAGCCAAACCCGUCAAAGUAACCAAGGUGAAGAAGGCAAAGCCAUCCAAGCCCAAGGCAAAGGCCACUCCAAAGAAAUCUGGAAGGAAGAAGUGAACAAAGCUGAUGCAGUUUGUGGACAGCUCCGAACCGCUUGUGUACAUAGUUUUCUAACCUUUAACCUUUUUCUCCUCCAGUACAACUUUCUAAAUAUGAUCCUUGUAAUUCCUGAGGACAAUAUUUUUAUUUAUGUACAUAUUUUCUUUUUUUGUUGUUUUAAUAUAUUUGUGCAGGGGAUUUUAAAAGUAGAUUGAUGGCAUUUGUCUGCAUUAAUUUUUGUAGUAUCUAGCUUGUAGCUUAGGUUUAAAGGACAACAAAGACACUUCUAGCUAAGGUGUAACAGCUGCAUAACUGUUUUGAUAAAUAGUUUGAGCAUAAAGAGGGGGGGGGGAGUUACUAAAGACUGUUGCUGCUGUGCAUAGUAACCAAUCAGCUUCUAACUUCAGCGUAUUCAAGUAAGCUUUACCAAUAAAACCGAGAAGCUGAUUGGUUACUAUGCACAUCUGCACCAGCUUUAGUAAAUCCCCCUCAAAGGUUGACGAUAAACAAGUUUGGAAGUGUUGAUCUAAUAUAUGAAAGAUGGGAACAUUGGGAGAAAUUACUAAGAAGUGUCUGAGACAUAUAUUUUUUCUCAACUAUAGCAAGCCAAUCGUCUUUUACAUUUUCAUUCUCGAUGCUGCAUUGAAAAAAUGAAAGCUAGAAGCUGAUUGGUUGCUAUGGACAAUAACACUAGCUGAGAUCUCACCUGUUUCAAACACUUUUUAUCUGUUUCAGUGUGUGCACUAUUAUUCAUUCGCUUUUUUUUCUUUUUCUGCUCCUACAUAGACCCACACAUGUGUCUGCUGGAAAUGAUUACCGCUGCACUAGUAAAAAUACUGGAAUAAUAGCCAUUGGUAUUGGGCUGUUUUGCUUUAAAAGGAAAUCACUAAUGAGAUAUGGUUUUUAUUUCAGUAAAUUUAGUUAGGCCCAGCACUACAUUUAUUAGUAGGCAUUCUGUAAACAAAGGCUGCGGACGCCAGCUUAUCCUGAAAAGUACAGUAACAAGUCUGGGGAGAUCCUUUAGGCCGUUUGAAGCUGAAGUGUCCUGUUUGUAAAAUUCCUAUUACCUGCUUGAUUUUUUACUUCACAAUUGCGUUUUACAAAUCUAUUGCUAUGUUAGUUAAUCUUCAUUAUAUAACAUAAUAGUUAUAUGCACUUAUUCUAGGCUUGCCAGAUCUCCCACAUCGUUGACUAUAUAAUUGUAUUUGUGACAGGUCCUAAUCCUAGAAUAUGCUGUAACACUGCUAGUGUGGGUAUGCUCCACAAACUAGAACUUCAGCUAUUUUUACAGUUUUAUAUUGGUUGCUCCUGUCCCUUUUUAUUUCUAGAAACGAGAGUGGGCAUCACGCACGAAACUAUCCUAAAGAACUAUCUGUGAUGUCCUGAGUUAGUCAAUCAGCAUCUUCGUUUCCUAUUCGGUAAAAGCAUGAAAGGAAGAAGCAGAUUGCUUCAUAGGAGUAACACAGAAAGGGUUACUUUUAAAUACAUAUAUCUGUGGAUGUCCAUUAUAUUAUUGCGUAGUAGGCACCCACUGCUACAUAAAUACAAUGUCACCACAUCUAUCCACUGCCCCGAUUCCCACUGCAGCCCCAUUGAUAAUUAUGUUGUUUGUGUGAAAAUAGCACACUGCCCUCCCAUAAUGCUUUGCUAGGUGCUUAAGCAGGGCGGCAUAUACCUGGCAUAACCACUGUCAUUUGGGAGGAGAGGGGUUGGGGAUGUGCCCAAAAGUGUAUAAGAGCUGACUGAGUAAAAGAUUUUUUUUUUCUGAGAUCUUUGCAGGAGAUGGCAGCACAGAUUGGAUGGCAGGUAUAAAAGGUUACCUACUUCAAAGGGGGAUUACCGGAGGAGUUUUUUUUUUAUUUUUAUGACAGGUGUACAUUAACUACACAGUAAUAUAAUAAAGAAUAAGUACAAUGUAACUGUAUGUUUAAAGCCUAGCACUUUUUAACAUCUAGCAAAAUACACAACACGUAACUUAAUAGAGGUGUUUACUGUAUAAAGUGAGAACAUGUUUUUGAUUAGUAGGUCGUAGCUGUUAUUUUACAUGAGUUUUAAGUACGGAUUUAAGGGGAGGGUUUUUGUCAAUGGUGUUAGAAACUAUCAUUUAAAGCCCAACUCCAGUUAAAACUUUUUUAUUUUGCAUAGAGUGGGGAAGGUUUAGAACAUUAGCAUUUUUAUUACUGUUGCGUGUGACCCCCUUUGGAAGUUUUCCUUACAUGAUGUGCUAUCCCUGUGACACCGGGACCAGAAAUCACAACCAGCAGACUGAGACAGCAAUAGAAACUGCUCCAAAAAGUUUUUGUUGCUGCCUCCCUAUUGUUGUGACUCCCUGUCCUCUGAGUAAGAAAAUUAGCAGAAUUCUAACCCAUGGUGGCUUGGGGACUAGCAAAUAACGAUCUGACAAUUUUACCAAAAAAGAAAGACAUGUUUUAGUUAAAGUUGGGCUUUAGAAUGUGUUUUGCUUUAUAGUUUAGCAAUGGUGAAUUGUGUUCCUUUGUUAUUAAGAAUCUAAAAAAUAAAAUCCUGUUUUUGCUG